UUCCAUUCAACCCUUCUUCUGCAAACCACUGGAAGUUGGAAGUGAUGGCAGCAACAUUGAUGGCAGCAACAAGUGGUUCGGGCACUGUUCUUAAACCAAGUCCUUUCCUAGGACAAGGCAAGGCUGGAAAUGGCAACCCUCUUAGGGAUGUUGUCUCAAUGGGAAGUGGGAAAUACAGCAUGAGCAAUCAGCUGUGGUAUGGACCAGACAGAGUGAAAUACUUGGGACCCUUUUCAGCUCAAACACCUUCAUACUUGAAGGGAGAAUUUCCAGGUGAUUAUGGAUGGGACACUGCUGGCUUAUCUGCUGACCCAGAAGCAUUUGCCAAGAACAGGGCUCUUGAGGUGAUCCAUGGGCGUUGGGCCAUGCUCGGAGCCCUGGGCUGCAUCACCCCAGAGGUGCUAGAGAAGUGGUUGAGAGUGGACUUCAAGGAGCCAGUGUGGUUCAAAGCCGGGGCCCAGAUAUUCUCAGAAGGUGGGCUUGACUAUUUGGGCAACCCAAACCUUGUCCAUGCCCAAAGCAUCUUGGCAGUGCUGGGCUUCCAAGUUGUACUGAUGGGCCUUGUUGAAGGGUUCCGCAUCAAUGGGCUAGAUGGAGUAGGAGAGGGCAACAACCUCUACCCAGGAGGCCAGUACUUUGACCCACUGGGCCUUGCUGAUGACCCAACCACUUUUGCUGAGCUCAAAGUGAAGGAGAUCAAGAAUGGAAGGCUGGCCAUGUUCUCCAUGUUUGGGUUCUUUGUUCAAGCCAUUGUAACUGGUAAAGGCCCAUUAGAGAACCUUUUGGACCAUCUUGACAACCCAGUGGCUAACAAUGCUUGGGUCUAUGCUACCAAGUUUGCCCCUGGAUCUUAAUUAAAUCUCCACCCCUUAUCAUCAUUAUUGUCAUUUAUAUGUAGAUUAUGAUCAUAAAUGAUAAUUGUUGGAUUAGUGAACUUUAUAA